UGAAUGGGGGCUGCUUGGGACCGGUGUCGUCUGGCUGUGGCUACGGCUAUGGCGACAACGCCAGCCACCCUUGACCAAGACGGAGGAUCCUUCGCCGCAAUCAAUCCUUCACGGACAAACAACAUAAUCAGUGGCUUCAAUGCGCAUCGUCUUCAUCUGCUAACGGAGCACCGCAAUCCUGCGACCCAACUCUUCUUGCUCGUCUCUGAGUUUCCGCGCUCUGCUGGUUUGAAAUCGUGGGGAUUGUAGCUUUGCGAGGGUUCGGGAUUUGGAUCUAGCGAAGAGGCGACAGAGUACGACCCGACGGUCAGAAUGCACGAUUUCUGCUUCACGUAUCCCUAUGGGUUUUUGGUGCUGUUCGGGGGUUUGUUCGGGUUUCUCAGGAAGGGUAGCACGACGUCGUUGAUGGGUGGCGUGGGCAGCGGCGCAUUGCUCCUUCUCGCCGCGUACAAGAGCCACCAAGACUACUUGCGAGGGUCCAAGUCCAGUUUGGCUCUAUUCCUUGAAACAGUUGUGGCUGUGGCUUUGACGUGGGUUAUGGGACAACGGUUUAUGGUCACCUCCAAAUUUAUGCCUGCCGGCAUGGUGGCUGCGUUGAGUGGAAUCAUGUCGCUCUUCUACCUGUACAAGGUGGCCACAGGAGGUAACCGCAUUAUUAAGAAAGAAGCGUGAGCAUUUCUUCUUCAUGCUUCUUGGUUAUUGUAGAUUGUUAAGUCAAUUGGCAAUCUGAGGGGCUCCUGGGUUUGUUAUAAAGGCCCAUAUUGGCAUACAAUGUAACUCCAUGGUGUAAGUUUCUUAGGUUAGAUUGUUGUAAUGGAAGUGGGAGCUGAGGUUUGUUGAUUGCCCAUGUUUUGUGAGCUGAUUUAACGGAGUUCUGGCUGUCGGUUGCUGCAUGAAUUGAA